GCGGACGUAAAAUCAAUUUUAAGCAAUUUCUACUUUAAAUCAAAAUAUAACACAAUAAGUUCGUUGUGAUAAAAAGGAAAUUAUAAUUUUCAUUUAAAAUAAUACAUAGUUUAAAAAAUCAAAUACUAGCUAAAGUGGAAAUUUAAUUGUGUUUGAAAAUAUUUUACUAAGAAUUUUAUGCAAGACAUGUUUGGUUAAUUUAAAAUCAUCAAGUGUAUAUAAAAAAGGAUUUAAGAAAUUAGAAACAAUUUUCAAACUUUAUUAAUUUUUAUUGCAAACAAAUGAAAAACUAUUAGACGUACUAUGAUUCUUCAAUCAAAAUAUUAUCUUUAAAUCUAAACAAAAUGAAUAUAAAAUAUAUGUUUUGUUUAGUUUAUUUUGUGUGUUAUGGUAUAAGGCUUAUUGCUUCGAGCCACUGUGAAACAAUCAAAAUCGAAAUAUGUAAAGGAAUAGGAUAUAAUGAAACCUUAAUGCCUAAUUUGGUUGGGCAUGAGAUGCAAUCGGACGUAGAUUUAACUCUGCAGACUUUUUCUCCCUUGAUCAGUUAUGGAUGUAGUGCGCAGCUCAAUUUCUUUUUGUGUUCCGCAUAUCUACCAAUGUGUACCAUAAAAGUCAAUAGUGUUAUCGGUCCAUGUCGAAGCUUGUGUGAAGCUGUUCGUGCUAGAUGUCAUCCAGUAUUAAGUUCUUUUGGUUUCAGCUGGCCAAACAGCUUGGAUUGUAAUCGUUUUCCUAGAGACAAUAUGGAAGGAUCAAUGUGCAUGGAAGGUCCAGGUGAAACUUCAACUAUUUCUGAAGUCCCAAAUAAAGUUCAGCCACUACAAUCAUCAUGCAAAUAUUUGUAUAAAGCUCAUUUGUAUGUAAGACUGAUCAGAAAUAAUAGAUGCACACCACUUUGUGAAGCAGAAAUUCUAUUUGACACACACGAAAAACAUAUUGCUUGGUUGUGGAUUGGAUCAUGGAGCAUUGCAGCAAUCCUAAUAUCAAUAAUUGCAUUACUUUGUUUGAUUUUAUCUGAUAGUAAAAGAGAUAAAAACCUUUUACCUUUAGUAGUUAGUCACUGCUUAAUAGGAGUGUCAUGGAUUAUACGGAUUUUAGCUGGAAGAAAUAAUACAAGCUGUGGUUAUGAUAUGCAAUUUCCAGGAAUAUCAUUACUAUUAAGUGAUGGUUUAUCUACAUCUCCUUGCUCAUGUACUUUUUUACUCCGAUACUAUUUUGGAAUGUCAGCAUUAAUAUGGAUCACAAUUCUUUGCUUUCGAUGGAAUUUAAAUUUAAGAUGUUAUGUAAAAGAAACUCAAAAUAGUGAAUUGGUUCAUAAUACGUUUCUUCAAAUCUGUGCCUAUGGUAUACCAGCAAUUCAAACUAUAAUAUCAUUGGUCAUAAGACUUGUAGAUGCUGAUGAGCUUUUGGGGACAUGUUAUGUUGGAAAUCAAUCAGAUAGAGCUUUAUUGUCUUUGAUAGCGAUUCCAAUGUUAAUUUUUUGGACCAUUGGAUGCGGGUAUUUACUAAGUGGUUACUUAACGUUAAAAUCGUAUUCUAAUCUGAAAUUACCUGCGCAUUUGAACGGAAUGGGAGCAUUUUUAUUACUAUACAAUACUCUUACUGCACUUGUAUUGCUUUCAUUAUUUUAUAUUUUUGGCAAUAGAGAAAAUUGGAUUAAUUUAAUUGAUAACAUUAAUCAGAAUCAGCAACUAAAAGCGCCAUUAUGGUUGCACAUUUCUCAUCCAUUUUUGGAAUUACUUGCUGGUGUUCUUUCAUCUGCUUGGGCAAUAGGACCAAAAUUAAGAUUUGGCUUUUGCCAAGCUACCAAAACAAAACAACAAAUUUAUAAGACACCUGCCUCUGUACAGUGCCAACAUAACCCAUUUCAUUCUGCUUCAUAUCAAACUAUAUGUCCACCGAAUUCAGUAGUGUCUAAUUCUUCUAUAAUAUCAAUGAAUCUAGUAACAAAAAGCUCUUUUGUUAGAAAAAAUCACUCAUAUCACAUAAAUCCUCAUUCUCAUGGCCGAAGAUCUCGUGGUUCAUACAGGACACCUUCAAUUCAGUCAGCCAACUUAACAGCAAAUGAAACUAUUUUGUAAAACUUGCCAAUAUUUACAAAACUCAUGAAAAAGGUUCAAUAUUUUAAUCGUUAUUUGAAUGUGAUUGUGUGCUACAAAAUUGUUAUUUUUGUAAAUGUAUGAUUUUAAAAAAAAUGAAGAAAUAAUCUUUAAUUCCUGGCUGGCUGGAAAAAAACUAGAGCAGAAAAUAUAAA